AUGUCUGAACUCGUCAUCACCCCCCCUCCAGAGUACAACUACGACGAGGAUUUGUCCUCGCCAAUGUACUCGAUGUGCGCAGGCAGCUCGGAACGAGUUAUCCAAUUCGAGCCGUUCAAAAGAACGGGAUGCCCAGACUGCGACUGGCUAUACUUCACAGACCAUAUGGCCAUCAACUUGGGCUCGCGCGUCUGGGGACUACACGCCCCGAGCUAUGGCUUGAACGGCAAAGUCGAGGGCGCCGUCAAGUUCUCGGGCGAUCGCAGUCACGUCGAGAAAGUUGUCGUUACGCUCGAAGGACUUCUCAACACUUCGGUGUCUCAGCGCGGCCCUGGGUCUGGGGAAUACAAAGUGCCUGUGUUGUCGAGUACAGUACAGAUAUACUCCUACGCCGACAGCACUGUCGAGUGGACGGACGAACAUGUGUUCUCCAUCGACCUCCCCUCUGAAGUCAUGGUGCAAGGAGUAGUUUCACAGCUCCCGCCGUCCUUCGCAGCCUACUACCAGAACUCCAGCUGUGAAGUCUCCUACCGUCUCCGAAUCGAUAUGGCGCGAAGGGGCCUGAGAAGACACGAAUCGAAAACAAUAUCAAUUCUCUAUCUUCCGAAAACGAGGCCAUCGGAAGCCCCCCUUAUAUCCAUCCCAAGACCGUCGAGAAACCUGUCUGACUCGCCUCUCUGCAUCUUCGAGCGUGUCAAGACUGUCGCACUAGAACCUAUCCUUCCGCUCGACGCGAAGCGCUUGACGAAGUCGCCAAUCAGCACCCACUCGCAGAAAUCCGUCUUCUUCUCCCUGCCCUCCCCACAAUGCUUCUCCUCCGGAGAACCCAUACCGUUCACACUGUCCCUGGUCUUCCCGAGCGACCCGUUCCUCGCCUCUAUGUAUAGCAAGAACAUCCGCAUCGUGCUUCUGAAGCGGGUGCAGCUCUGGCGCAAGGGAAUUACGGAACCCAUCAUCAGGGAUACCACGCUCGCGAGUGCCCAUUUGCGGUACUUCAACGAGUAUAGCGAGGGAGUCACGCUUCUGAGAGGAAGUAUACGGGCUGGCGCGGAAGGGAAAGAGAGCUCGUGGUGUGUGAAGGAGAUUGCUGAGACACAGUAUAUCCUAAGGUUGGUGAUCAACCCACCUACCCAUUUGUACGGGCAUCUGCCUAGCUUCAAGCACGAUGAGAAGCUGCAGAUUACGACAGAUUCGUGGGGGACUCUGGAGCGCGAGCUGGCGUCUACCGGCGGUACGCCUACGCCAGCUCUAGGGCUUGCGAGCUGCCUGCGCCACGUCGACGAGAUAUGA